AUAUAUAUAUAUAUAUAUAUAUAUAUAUAUAUAAAAUAGCACCGAAAUCCAUCAACAGCUCAGCAACACUAUUUACUGUACCACCACCACCAAGAGCCAUUACGUGAAUCUCCAAGAAGAAGCCCAAAAACGCAUUCCCCCAACCGGGUACGAUAUUUUGAUGAUUUAUUGUUCUUAUUUUGUGCUCGGGGGUACGUUAUACAAGAGAUGGCUUGGUUUAGCGGGAAAGUCUCGCUAGGGAACUUCCCUGAUCUAGCAGGGGCGGUGAAUAAGCUCAGUGAGAGCGUCAAGAAUAUCGAGAAGAAUUUCGACACUGCACUUGGUUUCGAAGAUAAACCCGAUUCUAGUACCAGCACUGAAGCUUCGGGAUUAUGGCCAGUUAUGUCCUUUAUGGGGGAAAAAAGCGAGGAUAGUACAGUUGAAUCUUCAGAGAAAACUGUAUCUCCACAGAAAUCAUCAACUGUUGAGGAGAAAGAGUCACAAAAUUCUGACACUGAACAAACCACAGCUUUAGAAGAAAAUCAAAUGCUUGAGAGAGAAAAAGAUGGCGAGCAUCUAGAGAUUGCUGAGAAAAAAGAUGGUGUCAUUUCAGACUCUGGCAAAGCUGAACUCGAAUCCAAAUUGCAAUCAGAACCUAAGGCUGUCGAACCUCCUGAGCCAGAUGUCCAUGAUGUUGAAAUACCAGAUUCAGCUGAUGAAUUACAGGGGAAAGAGAUUUCAGAGGUAGGGCCUGCUGAAAAUUCAGAUACAUUGGAGAUCAAGUCAGAAGCACCCAGGGUUGAUGAAGUCGAGGCUGCUUCCAUCUUACAUAACGACUCGCAUAAUGUGUUUCAUGCCGAGAGCAUAGAUGAACAAGAGACAAAAGCUGAGGAGACUGUAGAACAAAGUUCAAUUCAAGCUGAGGCAUUGAAUGAUGUGCAAGCUGAGGCAUCAGAUAAUGUCCUAGCUGAAGCAUCAAGUGAUAACCGAGCCGAGGCUUCAAGUGAUACCCAAGCUGAAGCUGCAGUUGAUUCAUCCAGUUCACAGCCAAUAAUUAGUGCUGAAGUGAGUGACAUGGCUUGUGAACUCUCCCUGUCCACUGCAUCUCCCUCAGGUGAGGCUUCAGAAAUGGUUUCUGGAUCAGUUUCUAAGGUAGACGAUGGCAAUGAUCAGACGGUAGGAGGAGACGAGGGAGUCAAUCAUGGCAAAGUUGGCAGUAAAGAGCAACGCCUGAGCUCAGGGUUGAAUAUAUCAGACUCUAUAGAUUCCAUGCUUGAACUAGAGAAGGUGAAGACUGAGAUUAAAAUGAUGGAAACUGCAUUACAAGGUGCUGCAAGGCAAGCUCAGGCAAAGGCUGAUGAGAUCGCGAAGUUGAUCAAUGAAAAUGAGCACCUGAAAGUUGUUAUUGGGGAAUUGAAGAGAAAAACCAAUGAUGCAGAAAUCGAGUCUUUGAGAGAGGAAUACCAUCAAAGGGUUUCAACUCUUGAAAGAAAGGUUUAUGCUCUUACAAAGGAAAGAGAUACACUUAGGAGAGAGCAGAACAAAAAAAGCGAUGCUGCUGCUCUUCUGAAGGAAAAGGAUGAAAUUAUUAACCAGGUUAUGGCUGAAGGUGAAGAGCUUUCAAAAAAGCAGGCUACUCAAGAAUCUACUAUUAGAAAAUUAAGAGCUCAGAAUAGAGAGCUUGAAGAAGAAAAGAAAGGUUUGAUGACCAAAGUUCAGGUGGAAGAGAAUAAAGUAGAGAGUAUAAAAAAGGACAAGACAGCUACAGAGAAUUUGCUGCAAGAAACAAUAGAAAAACACCAAGCAGAGCUUUCAGCCCAGAAAGAGUAUUAUACAGAUGCUUUAUCUGCAUCCAAGAAGGCUGAAGCAUUAGCAGAGGCACGUGCUGAUAAUGAGGCCAGAACUGAAUUAGAGAGUCAUCUAAGAGAGGCAGAGGAACGCGAGACUAUGCUAGUUCAGGCACUUGAAGAAUUAAGACAAACUUUUAGUAGAAAGGAGCAGGAGGCUGUUUUUAGAGAGGACAUGCUAUGCAGGGACAUUGAAGAUCUUCAAAAAUAUUAUCAAGCAAGUGAACGUCGAUGUGAGGAGCUGAUUACUCAAGUUCCUGAUUCUACAAGGCCUCUCCUAAGGCAGAUUGAAGCCAUGCAGGAAACAACAGCUAGAAGGGCUGAGGCCUGGGCUGCUGUGGAGAGAUCUCUAAAUUCUCGACUCCAGGAAGCAGAGGCCAAAGCUGCUGUUGCUGAGGAAAGAGAGCAAUCUGUGAAUGAACGCUUGUCUCAAACAUUAUCUCGAAUUAAUGUUCUUGAAGCGCAGAUUUCUUGUCUCAGGACCGAGCAAACACAGUUAAGUAGGUCCCUUGAAAAGGAGAGACAGAGAGCAGCUGAAAAUAGGCAGGAAUACCUUGCAGCCAAGGAGGAAGCUGACACUCAAGAAGGUCGUGCCCGUCAACUUGAAGCACAAAUUAAGGAACUGAGGCAGGAAAACAAGGUAGAGUUACAAGAUGCAUUAACACACAGGGAACUUCUACAACAGGAAAUUGAAAGAGAGAAAGCUGCUCGGUUGGAGUUGGAAAGGACAGCGCACGACCAUUCUACUUCUGCAUCUGAUCAAACUCCUAUUGCAAGGAGCAACUCUGCUUUUGAGAAUGGAAAUUUAACCCGAAAGCUCUCCACUGCUAGCAGCCUGGGCAGCAUGGAAGAGAGCUAUUAUCUGCAAGCAUCUCUGGACACAUCUGACAGUCUUUCUGAACAGAGAAAUUUUGGAGAGGCAACCAUGAAUCCUUACUACAUGAAGAGCAUGACACCUAGUGCUUUUGAAUCUGCCCUUCGUCAGAAAGAGGGUGAACUUGCAUCAUAUAUGUCUCGUUUGGCAUCCAUGGAAUCUGUCCGUGAUUCUCUUGCAGAAGAGUUGGUCAAAAUGACAUCACAAUGUGAGAAAUUACGGGCCGAGUCUGCUCUUUUGCCUGGUGUACAGGCAGAACUAGAUGGACUGAGGCGAAGGCACUCUGCUGCCCUGGAGUUAAUGGGUGAACGUGAUGAGGAGUUGGAGGAACUUCGUGCUGAUAUUGUAGACUUGAAAGAAAUGUACAGAGAGCAAGUAAAUUUGCUUGUCAACAAGAUCCAAAUAUCAAGUACAUCCUCUGGCAAUGCCUGACAAAUUGACUCGACAGAAUGUGGUAUUUACCAUUUACUGUGAAGCUCGUGGUAUAGUUGCAGGGGAUGUGAUUUAUCGUUCGUUCGAACCUUUUUUUCUCUCUCCCCCUCUAUACUUGUGAUUGCGGGGGCAAGCGGCGAUAUAUUCAUAGGAGAUCCUUUUUCAUGAAACCUAGAAUUAUAUUGUAAUUGAGAUGAAUUUGUUGUAUAGCAGAAACCCGAAGGUGACAAAUUUGUUUCUCCAGCUUGAAGAUGAUAUAAAUUUUUGGAUUUAUUUAGUUAUGAUUAAAAUUCUUCA